CGCGGCUCGAGCAACAUGCAGCCGAAAUUCUUCCUUUCACUCGUCGCCGUAUCCGCGUUGAGCGUGCUCAACAGCCAAAGUGCUGCUGCACAAUCACCAGGCUGUGAAACAACCGACGAACCCGGCAUUGUCUGUCCCGGGGACCUGAGUGUCUCGCAGAUCCAGGAGUUCCUGAAGAAAUACAGCACCCCCACCGGGUUGAAAGAGUUGAAAAUAUUCCGAAUCGACAGCAAUGCUAACAUCCAAUAUCUCCCGGCUGGGCUGUUGGCCGACCUCCGCUUUUCUGAGAUCCGGAUAACGUCUUGCCCGAAGCUGAGUCGCGUAGAGGACAUCACGGGAGCCUCGAGUGCCACUCUGAAGGAAAUCCUCUUUUACGGCAAUGCUCUGACGGAGAUGCCGGCGCUCACUGCACCGCACGUGACCAAGGUCACGAUCAUUCAGCCGACGACCAUGACAGUGAGUCGGUCUGCUCUCAGCGGCAUGAGGAGUCUUCAGGAAAUUCAUAUCGAGAGUGCUUCGGUGAUGCCGCUUGCCUUCUACGAUCUGAAGAAUCUGCAGACGGUGAGGAUCACCAGCAUGCCUCAGGAGACAGUCCGGGCUCAGAGCUUCAGUUUUGAUUCGCCCACGCUGAAGGAGGUGCUACUUAUCAACGACGCUCACGGGUGGAAGGGACAGGCUCAGCCGGGAGCGUACCAAGGUUUCCCAACGGGAUCUCGCCUCAGAAUCAUUGAAUCCGAGACGAUCACCAAGGAAGUGUACAUCGGCGUGCUCACAGACGGAGGCAUCUUGGAUAUACCUGAGCCAUUCCAUUGCGACUGCCGUUUGGCCUGGCUGCGUUUGUCUCCGUAUGUGAAACAGGCCCGCGUCCGUUGCCACACAUCAACCCACCCAAACGACCUGGAGAACACCCCUGAGUCCAACUACAGCAACUGCAACUAAAGCGAAGAUGAAUCGCCGUGGAAGGCACUUUUUCCUUCUAGUUAUUUAGUCUUUUUGUUUGCGUUAACUCUGUGUUCUGUUGUUUGUUUUUUCAUAACGUUUUUUCUUCAUAACAGUUGUCCUUUUUAUAGAAAUAUGAUUUGUAUCCACAUUUAAACUGAGAAACUUUAAGCCAAUUCAAAAGUUAGUCUUGAUAUCUAGAAUUCUCUGGAUUAACUCGAGAAGUAUUGGUGUCUUGUAUAACUUGUGCUGUUGCAAUUUCCUUUUAACGUUAUAGUGCUAUCAAUGUUUUCCAAAAUAAUAAAUUUUCAGUCAGGGAAAAGACUAUUAUCUGCUCACAUUACCAUAAUGGAAUGCGGUACCGCAUAACCUACGCGUUAUCAGUAAAAUAAAAGAACCAACAUACUGUC